GAAAUGUUUGGGGUCAAUCGUUUUUGUUUGAAAGAAAUGAAAUUCUGAUCUGUUAAAUUGAUAAUAAGUGAUGGCAAAGAUUUAUAUUGUUUGAAAUGAUUUGUAUUUUUAACAAAUGCUGUCCUCGUUGACAUUCUAUUCAUCAAAUAAUCCUGAAAACAAAUAUUGCAGUUUCCAAAAAAAUAUUUAUACAAACAUUUUCCCAAUAUUUUAAUUCUUUUCAUCCCCAGAUUCCAGAUUUUCAAAUAAUUGUAUAUCAGACAAAUAUCGUCCUAUCCUAACAUAGCCUAUUUAUUCAGCUUUCAGAUCAUGUAUGAAUCUCAAUUUUUUAAAAAGUACCCUUAUGACUGGUUUUGUGGUCCAGGGUCACAUUUAUUAAAUAUGGUUGUUAUAUUUAUAUUAUGACCUUCUUUAGAUGCUUCUUUUUACAGCCACAAACAUGUAAAAAUAAAACCAUAGCAAUCUGUACAUUUAUAUAUGAUAACUCCACCCAAACACCACCAACAAUUGUUGACAGCGCAGCACGAGUUUCAGUCUCAAAUGUAAACGUGUUGUGGGCGGAGUUUGGCCGCUAGAGGGUGCUAUACGUCACUGAACGCCGCGUCUGCGCAGCCGGUUUGUUGUGUCCGCCAUAUUGAAUUUCUCACAGAAGAAGCGUGUCUUUCACCGAGGACGAGUUCUAAACUUAUAUCUAAUCUACGUGAAUCAGUGUUUUGUUUGGAGUAUUACUCAGCGAUGGGGAAGAGGUAUUACUGCGACUACUGUGACCGCAGUUUUCAAGACAACUUGCACAACAGAAAGAAGCACCUGAACGGCGUCCAGCAUCACCGAGCGAAAAAAGCCUGGUUUGACAACUUCAGAGACGCUGCCACGGUUUUAAACGAAGAGCGGACAAAGGAACCCUGUAGAAAGUUUCUCCAGACAGGACAAUGCGUAUUUGGCACAAACUGUCGUUUUUCUCACAUGUCUGAGAGGCAUAUUAAGAUGCUGGAGCAAAAGAUUGAUGAUGAAAAGCAGCAGAAGGAAGACCCUGACCAAGAUGGAUCGUCUACUGGGCGUAGAAUUGAUGAAUGGCUCUCCAGAAGAGAGAAGAAACUGGCUGCUUUGACAUCAGGAAGAGUUUUAAAGAUGGAAGAGGAAGAAUGCGCUGAAAGCAUUGAGAUACCUGCAUAUUUGCUGUCUAUUCCAGAUCUUCCUCCAUCUCUUCACCCCCCGCCAACUGGUGGUUGGAGAGUGACGCUACACAAUGAAUGGGGUUGAAAUGUAAUUUACAAAAGUUAUUUUAUUGCUUUUUUUCUUUAAGGACAUGCUGCUAUCUUUUAUCAUUAUAAAGCCAUUGUAUGCAAAUCCUUAUGAAGGAAGUUCACAGAAAAAUAAACUAAAUUUGCUGAAAAUUUUUUUUCACCCUCAGGCUGUCCAAGAUCAUUUUUUUGUUCCCGCCAAUGCCUCCAAAAUCUUCCAUUACUUGCUUGCCAGUAGAUUCUCUGCAGUGAAUGAGCGUUGAUCCAUUAGUACGCAGCAAGCGAUGUAACGCUAAAUUUCUCCAAUCCUGUUCAGAUGAAGAAACAAACUCUUGGAUGGCCUGAGGGUGAGUGAAUUGUCAGCUAAUUUUUCUUUCUGGGUGAACUGUUUCUUCAAGGGCCAACAGUGUGUAUAUAUUUGUGUCAAAUUUUAAAUCUGUGCAAGUUGAGGUGCAACAAAAUCAUGUUUUGCAAGAAUAAACACGUUUGCAUUUUGGACAGUUCAUAGGAGUAUUUUGAACAAACCCAGUGCAGUGAAUUUCAUAAAAUGUGGAGCUGAAACUUGUGUGUUCGGAAAAAGAACGCAAUGUUAUUUUCUUGUAAAAGUUGACAUAAUUGAUUGCUUUUAUUUGCUGUGUAUCAUAAAGUUGACAGUGUUCCCAAGCUGAACGGUACACUAUAUAGAAAGUUAUUGUUUUUUUCUGCGUCUGUGUCGGUGGUGUAGAUUAAAAUUCAGAUGAGGGAGGCGUUUUCAAUUUAUUCCUGAUUGCUUGUUCCAAGGAGGUUUUGUACUGCUAGCUUGCAUGGCCUGCACUUAUAAAAGGUCUUAUUGGCUAGAUGCUUUUUGAUGGUCUAGGUGAGAUUAGCUACUUAAUACUAGCACCGGUGUGUGUAUAUAUAGCUCGUGGACCUCUACUGAUGCGUUCUAUAUGCAUACUCUUGUGGAAGUAUGACCAAAUAAAUUAAGCUAAACCAGCA